UGAUGCGCGUAGGGGCUGCCGGGAUGGGGGCCGGAGCCAACAUGGAGUUCUCAAUGGGAUCGCUGUGAAACUGUCGUUGCCAGCUGCCUCUGUUCUCCCGCACCAUCAUGUUGGUGCACUUAUUUCGAGUGGGGAUUCGGGGAGGCCCGGUCCCUGGCGGGACCCGACUCCCCCUCCACUUCCAGACUUUCUCGGCCGUCAGGUGCUGCCGAGGGCCCCCCGGCUCCCUCCUCCUGGGCACCGUGGCCCAGCUGCGGUCCCAACUCCGGGCCCGCCCGCCUCGCCCACCGCGGACACCCAGCCGCGGGCCCCCCACCUGGCGCUGGGUGGGGGGCAUCCUGCUGGCCCCUGCGGCGCUGAGCGGGCGGCCCCGCCUCUGCCUCCUGGCGCUGUGCGAGGGGGCGGGCAGGGUCCCCGAGAAGGUGCUCGCCGCGCCUAGCUGCCCCGAGCCCCACUUCAACUGGAGGCUCUUCUGGCGCUUCCUGAGCCCCCACCUGCUGAUCCUGGGGGCCGCCGUGGUGAUGGCGCUGGGGGCGGCCCUGGUGAGCGUGCAGAUCCCCUUGCUACUGGGCCAGCUGGUGGAGGUGGUGGCCAGGUUCACCCGGGAGCAGGCGGGCAGCUUCCUGGGUGAGUCCCGGGGCCUCUGCACACACCUGCUGCUGCUCUACGGCCUCCAGGCCCUGCUGACCUUCGGCUACCUGGCGCUGCUCUCGCGCCUGGGGGAGCACAUGGCCGUGGACAUGCGCAGGACCCUCUUCAGCAGCCUGCUCCGACAGGACGUCGCCUUCUUCGACGCCACGAAGACCGGGCAGCUGGUGAGCCGCCUGGCCACAGACGUGCAGGAGUUCAAGUCCUCCUUCAAGCUGGUCAUCUCGCAGGGGCUGCGUAGCAGCACGCAGGUGGUGGGCUGCCUGGUGUCCCUGUCCUUGCUGUCCCCGCGCCUGACGCUGCUGCUGAUGGUGGCCACGCCUGCCCUCAUGGGAGCUGGCACCCUGAUGGGCUCGGCGCUGCGGAAGCUGUCACGUCAGUGCCAGGAGCAGAUUGCCAGGGCAACAGGCGUGGCAGACGAGGCCCUGGGCAACGUGCGGACUGUGCGGGCCUUCGCCAUGGAGCAAUGGGAAGAGGGGCGAUACGCAGCUGAGCUGGAGGCUUCCUGCUGCAAGGCGGAGCAGCUGGGCCGAGGCAUUGCACUGUUCCAGGGCCUCUCCAACAUGGCCUUCAACUGCAUGGUCCUGGGCACCCUCUUCGUCGGGGGCUCCCUGGUGGCAGGACAGCAGCUCAAGGGCGGCGACCUCAUGUCCUUCCUGGUGGCCUCGCAGACCGUGCAGAGGUCCAUGGCCAACCUCUCAGUCCUGUUCGGCCAGGUGGUGCGAGGCCUGAGCGCCGGCGGCCGAGUGUUUGAGUACAUGACCCUGUGCUCUAUCAUCCCCCUGCGUGGGGGCGCCUGCAUCCCAGAUGAGCAGCUGCAGGGGGCCGUGGCCUUCCAGGAUGUCUCCUUCAGCUACCCGUGCCGGCCAGGCUUCCCCGUCCUGCGCCACUUCACCCUGUCGCUGUCCCCCGGCCAGACGGUCGCCCUGGUGGGCCAGUCUGGGGGAGGAAAGACCACAGUGGCCUCCCUGCUGGAGCGCUUCUACGACCCCACGGCAGGUGCCGUGACGCUGGAUGGCUGUGACCUUCGCACCCUGGACCCCUCCUGGCUGCGUGGCCACGUCAUCGGCUUCAUCAGCCAGGAGCCGGUGCUGUUCGGAACCACCAUUAUGGAGAACAUCCGCUUUGGGAAGCCAGACGCCACGGACGAGGAGGUAUACGCGGCAGCCCGCGAGGCCAACGCCCACGACUUCAUCUGCAGCUUCCCUGACGGCUACGCCACCGUGGUGGGCGAGCGGGGGGCCACGCUGUCCGGCGGGCAGAAGCAGAGACUGGCCAUCGCACGCGCCCUGAUCAAGCGGCCCCGCGUGCUGGUCCUGGACGAGGCCACGAGCGCACUGGACUCGGAGUCGGAGCAGCUGGUGCAGGAGGCCCUGGACCGCGCCGCCGCCGGCCGCACCGUGCUGGUCAUUGCUCACCGGCUCAGCACCGUGCGCAAAGCCCACCGCAUCGUGGUCAUGGCCCAGGGCCAAGUGUGCGAGGUGGGCACCCACGAGGAACUCCUGAGGAAAGGUGGGCUGUACGCCGAGCUGACACGCCGGCAGGCCCUGGACACUCCGCCACUCGACUCACCCCGAGGCCCCAGGCACGGCCUCCCCAAGUCCUGAGGCCUGGGCGUGGCUGAGCCCCAUAACCCAGGCCCCUGGAGGGUCAGCGUGCGGGAUACAGGCUGUCCCCCCAUAGUAAGACCCCCCCCCCAGUGCCAGGUGGGGAUGCCCAUCUACUCCCUAGCCAGCACCCAGGGCGGCUCACUGGGCUGCGCAGGGCAAGGGGAGUCCCCGGGGCGCCCUGCUGUCCUCACACCCACCCCUUCCAGCCCGCUGGCCUCAGGGUGGGCCCAGUGCCAGGCGUUAGCACAUCAGGGAUUGGGCCGGUCCCCACAAUACCUGUACCUCCCCUUCCUCGGGGCUCCCAACACCUCCACCCACCCUUUCUUUCCCCCCAGCCUUGGGAGGGGCCCACACUGAACACCCUCCGCCAGCCUUCUCCCCUUCUCCCCGUUCCAGCACAGCUCCAAGGUUUAGACCCUCCCCCCCCAGCCCAGCACUGCAGAGAGCUCUGGGGUUCACCCUGUCUUGAUCCCACCCUGAGCCUCAAGCCUCACCCCUUGAGACGGGACACGCUCUCUGCAGGGGGCGGGUGGGGAGCUACAUCCAAUAGGCCUUCAGCUGCUGGAAGGGUGAGAGCAGUGGUCCCAGCAUACCCAUGGUCCUUCCCUGAGCCAGGCCAGGAAGGCUCCCUGGAGGAGGUAAAACAGCCUGAUGACAUGACCCUGUGACCCAAGGCCCCAAAAGAGGGGUUCUGGGGCAUCAGGGAGGCACAGCCAGAGCCGCUAGACAGAGCCGGGUGGCCUGAGCUCCACACAGCAAGCCCUCGCCCCAGGCCAGCCUCCCUGGGAGAUGAGCACAGGGAGCCUGACACUCAAUACCACACCGGCGCAGCCAAGAGGGGCCCAGCUCCCCGGCCAAGUCCAGCCUGCUGGCAGCCCUCUGGGGACAGCUAGCCAAGGUCGCCUGUUUAACCAGCCCCAAAGCCCUGGAAACUUCUGGGAUCCUGCUGGAGGGAGCAGGGCCUGCACCCGCAGCUGCAGGGUGGGGGGCUGACCGUGGCCUCCUGCGCUGUGGUGGGCCUGAGCCCGGCCGCACUUGACUCCAGAGCUCCUUACGAGGCCGCUAUCCUCAGACGCAUGCACAGCAUGGUGGGGACCCCAGAGGCUGGGCCGCUGCAUUAAACCCGUGACCUCA